GACGUUCCAUCCGGUCAUGUGUAGUUGUUACAUCCGGAAGGUGGGGCUUUUGUUGCAGGAGCGGUUUGCUUUUGGAGAACCAAUGCCUCGAAAUGCACCAUUAAUGCAGUCGUCAAGAUAACAUCGACCGAGGGCAGAAAUACAAAUCCUGCUUUGGUUGUGUCAGAGAGUGCCUUGGUGCAGAGUGUGUGUGUGUGUGUGUGUGUGUGUGUGUGUGUGUGUGUGUGUGUGUGUGUGUGUGUGUGCGUGUGCAUGAGUGUAUGAAAGAGACACAAAAAAGAAUCCAGUGAUGGCUACCAGUAAAAGUAAAAACCAGAGCUCUCUGGCACUGCACAAGGUGAUAAUGGUGGGGAGUGGAGGCGUGGGGAAGUCAGCCCUGACCCUGCAGUUCAUGUAUGAUGAGUUUGUGGAGGACUACGAGCCCACCAAGGCAGACAGCUACAGGAAGAAGGUGGUUCUGGACGGGGAGGAGGUCCAGAUCGACAUUCUGGACACAGCCGGCCAGGAGGACUACGCUGCCAUCAGGGACAACUAUUUUCGCAGUGGGGAGGGUUUCCUGCUGGUCUUCUCCAUCACUGAGCAUGAGUCCUUCACUGCCACUGUAGAGUUCAGGGAGCAGAUCUUGCGGGUAAAGGCGGAAGAGGACAAGAUCCCUCUCCUACUGGUAGGGAACAAGUCGGACCUGGAGGAGCGAAGGCAGGUAUCUGUGGACGAGGCCCGAGGGAAGGCCGAGGAGUGGGGCGUCCAGUAUGUAGAGACAUCAGCCAAAACCAGAGCCAACGUCGACAAGGUGUUCUUUGACCUGAUGCGUGAAGUACGAGGCAAGAAAAUGUCAGAAAACAAAGACAAAAACGGAAAAGGAAAGAACAAGAAGAACAAGAAGAGCUUCAAAGAAAGAUGCUGUUUACUUUGAACUCUUCAUGGACCUUAACAACCCAAAAUCUAACUAAGUUGGGGAACAAAGCAGAGCGCCCUUGCCAUUGUCAUUCAAAUGAAAUUUUAUCUUUUUUAAUAGCAGGUUCUAGUUUAGUGUUUAGAACAAUCUCAACCACUGUUUUGCCAUUUUUAAUAAUGAUGAAUGAAAUUUGAGUUACUGUUUCAUUGGAAGAUAACCACUGUUGAGACUGUGACUCGGACUGCAGUGCUUGAUGGCUCCAAUGACCAAACUGCCAUUGACACUAACUCUGCUGCUCAAGACAUUCUCCACUGUUAAACUCAGCGAUUAUACUGCCUUUGACUUUGGUUCAGUGUGUAUUACACCAGAAUUGUUGAGUCUUUGUAAAGUAAACAGUGCUCUUAAUUUCUUUACCUGCUCUUAAUCUUAACCGCCAUAAUUCUUAGUCUCUGUUAGUAUAGACCUCUCGAAUCUGUGUUCAUCAAUUUAGAAGGAACUCUAAUGCUGCUGUCUGUUAUAUUUAUAAUCAUUUAUGAUGACACUUAAUGUCCUGUCUAUUCAAGAUGUUGGCCUCAUUCAUUCAUCUGUCCAGACUCUGAUCUUUAUGACUUCAGAGCAAGUUUCAAAUGUUUUCAUUUUUGAGCCCUUGAGGCUUUUUUUUUUUAAACUUCAUCCAAGGAUCUGUGAUUUUCUGACCGCAGGAGAAUCAGACAAUCUGUCUAUCAGUGCAAUCAGAGGACUUGGUGCCAAACAGGGUAUUAUAUUCCAUUGUUUUCAGGCCUUACAUGAUUACCACAAAUCAAUCAUAAAAUGCUUUGCAGUUUUUCAGCAGGAUUGCUGCAAAAUAAAAUCUUAGGUGACUGUAAAUCACAGAAAUACCCCAAAUUAAGGGUGAGGUCAUUUAUCACUUACUCAGAGCUCACAAGAGUUUCAUGUAGAUAUUUUAACCUUUUGUUACCUAUUUUGAGGCUGUGAUGUGGUAACUAGUAUUUUGUUCUUGGUAAAUGAGCAGUGACUGGGAGGAGAGUAUCUGUCUUUCUUAAUGUGGCUGUUCAUGUAAUCUGGCCCUUCUCACAGUGCAGAUUACUUCCUGUUUUACAUGACUGUUGAAGUUUGGAGUCUGUACUAUGAGACAGAUGUUGACAAUCCAGGAGGCCAUCAUGCUUCUGGUCAUUGAUGGCAUUAUAAUCAAUAACGUCUCAUUACUCUUCAAAAUUCUGAAGCUCUCUUUAUUCCUGGGUCUUUUGAAUAACAUACACUACAUUGCCAAUACCUAAGAAACAGAGCUGAGUGGGGUCAAGCUGGAGAUUUUUAAACAGUUUGUGCCAACAAAAUUACAAAAAAUCUAACUAUGUUUGUGGAUGUACAGUAUGUAUGUUAAUUAACUGAGUGUAUGUGCAUUUACCAGAAAAUCCUACUUCCUUUCUGUGUCUGUGUGAGUAAAGCUUUGACGAGGGCGCCAACUUCUUAACCGUUGUUAAAUCAAGUGCUACAGUGAACAAGAUGUUUCUUCCACUGCCUAAACCAUUCUCUGUAACAUGUCCUCCCUUUUUCUUUUACUUCCUACUGCUGUGAGUAUGCUUUUAUCUCUCUGCAGUGAGUGUUGCCGAAUAAAUGCUUUUUUUUCUUUGUAAA